AUCACGUUUUGGGACAACUGUUAACGUCGUGCCUUUCUGGGUCUUGCAGUGAAAGACUGAGAUCCAACGUUGAAAGGCCAGCACGAGUGAGCUUUACACAAACUACAUCACCCAGAAUCCACAAAGCUCGACGCAAAGUUGACGUGUGUUUAGUUGACGGACCACAAAAUUCUCACCAUCGUCACAGUUACCGGGCAUAGCUGUGUUUUUAUGAAGAAUAUUUUUGGUUGAUACUUUGAUACGUUUAGUGAAUUUUGUUGUUAGCGUGCAACGAUGUCCGGAGAGCUGUCUAUGAUCGGCUCGGUCAUCCUGGCUCUGUUUCUGGCUGGUUACCUCGGCCAGCAGUACUUGCCGCCUCCUAAGCCUAAAGUGAUCGGCCUGGAUUUGGGCACCACGUUCUGCUCCGUGGGGGUCUUCCACCCGGGAACCGGGGAGGUGGAAGUGAUAGCGGACGAGCAGGGGAGAAAGAGCAUCCCCAGCGCCGUGUCCUUCACCGCCACAGAGGUGCUGGCUGGACACGAAGCCCUGGAGCUGGCGGACAGCAACGCCCACAACACCUUCUACGAUGCGAAGAGGUUCAUCGGAAAGCUCUUCGAGCCGGGACUGCUGGAACAGGAGAGCGCCCGGUACCCGUUCAAGGUCAUCAACAACAAUGGAAGCGCUGAGUUUGUGGUCUUCACCAAUCGCUCCUUCACCGUGACCCCAGAGUUCAUCGGCUCCAGGCUGCUGCUGAAGAUGAAGAAGAUGGCCGAGCUCCAGCUGGGGGUUCCCAUCCAGAAAGCUGUCAUCUCAGUCCCUGCAGAGUUUGACGAGAGGCAGAGGAACUACACCCAGAGGGCCGCUAACCUUGCAGGUUUGGAAAUCCUGCGCGUCAUCAAUGAGCCCACAGCUGCAGCCAUGGCCUACGGCCUGCACAAAGUGGAUGUGUUCAAUGUCCUGGUGGUCGACCUCGGGGGCGGGACCUUGGAUGUGUCUCUGCUCAACAAACAGGGCGGCAUGUUCCUCACCCGGGCGAUGGCAGGAAAUAACAAGCUGGGGGGUCAAGACUUCAGCCAGAAGCUGCUCCAGUACACCACAGAGAGAGUGCGUCAGGAGUUCGGUGUGGUCCCUACCCUCAAAGAGGACAUCCAUCACCUCCGGCAAGCAGUGGAAGCCGCCAAGCUCAACCUCACCCUCCACGCCACGGCUACAGUCAGCGUGCCGCUGCACCUUCACAGCCACCAGGCCUCCGGGGGCCCCAGGACCUCUGCGGUUCUCUUUCGGACGGUGAUCACCCGCGCGCUCUUCGAGGAGCUCAACGAGGAGCUCUUCCAGAAGAUCCUGGCGCCAAUCAAGACCGUGUUGGCGGAAGGCCACCUCGGGAAGGAGGACGUGGAUGAAAUAGUGUUGGUUGGAGGCUCCACCCGGAUACCACGGAUCCGGGAGAUCAUCAGGCAGUUCUUUGGGAAGGAGCCCAACACGUCGGUGGACCCGGACCUGGCCGUGGUCACGGGCGUGGCCAUUCAGGCCGGCAUCAUGGGCGGCUCCUGGCCGCUGCAAGUGAGCGCGGUGGAGAUCCCCAACAGACACCUGCGCAAAACGAACUUCAGCUAAUCCUAGGACGCCGUCAGAGACCUGCCGCUGCAGCCAACGGUGCCAAACCUCAAACAUGCACUUUACAGAUCCACACAGCCGUCUGAGAAACGCCCCCUGCUGGGCAGUGGGAGCGAGGCAUCGGCGUGCCAGUGACUGCUAAAGCUUGCAGCGGUUUGGCAUUGAGCGCCACAGCAUGGCGUGCGAGCACGUUUGAGGUCACAGAUAAUAAUCUGCUGCUCAUUCAGGGAACAGAUGCUCGUGUUGAAGGCGUUUUGAGAAGAGCCGUUGCACCUUCAUCUUUAUUUAUGUCUGCUUUCUUUUUGUCAAAGUGUUUCUGCCUUUUCAGAAAGCUGCUAUUCGUUUGAGAGGAGCUCACAGUGCAGCUUCACAUCUGCACGCUUUCAUCAGCAAACGUAGAUUUGAGCUCCGCUAUGAAGCAUCAGGUCGUCUACAGUUUUGUCUUCUGCUGAGCUUCAGGUAAAAGUCCCCUGAUCCUCAAAAGAAGAAACAGAGGAGCCUUAAUGUUUACAACAUGUAGAAGCCUAAAAGGAAAAGGGUCAACUGGAGCAAAUCUCUUGUGCAUUUGUGGCUCUACAGAAGGACCAAAGUGAUGCUCAGUGGUGCCUUGUGUGCUCUGAGAAAGGUGUCUCUUGUAUUUUUUGUUGUUUCUGAAAAAAAGACGUAAAGUAGAACCUCAAUGUGAACUUUUUUUUUUCUGUCCUGCUUUGAUUUGAGCAGGAAGGUCAUCUUCCAUUUCCCUCUGAGGCUCAGCAGCCCAGGCUGACCAGUUUACACACAUAUUAAAAUGGUGUUCUAUUGAAACAUUGUAUUUAUUUUAAAUACUUUCAAAUGAUGAAAAGCAAACAUUUGGGAUCUGAUUUUUCCUCCUCUGAACUAACAGAAACAAGGAGUUCCACCGUCUCUAUUAGAAGGAAAGACGAAUCGGACUUUUGUAGUUCUGCACUCCAGAUUCGGUCAAUUCUGAGGUUUGAAAGGAGUCCAGGGAUUUUUACCAUCUAUUCAUGUGGUUUUCCUCCUUUCAGAACCUUUGGAUUACAGGUAAAGGAAGGUGCUUCUCCUCCAUUCCCUCUCUAAAGCAGCCCAUGUGGUUUGAAAAGGGGGAUUUUUGAGCAAUCGUAUUCUGUAAAUCCAGAGAACGUUUGUCUUCCUGUGUCCCUCUGUCUGGUCUGGAGUUUAAGUCUUUUUCUAAAGCAGGGGGGGGCCCAAACGUUUUUGCUCAAAAGGCCAAAAUCUAAAUGUGAUCCCGCUCCGUGGGCCAAAUACGACACGUUUUUUUGUGCACGUCAUGAAAUAAAAGCAGAAGAAAAUGGUUCUACAGGAAACUCAGAGGUAAAAACCAAUAAAAAAACCGGUGCAAGUUAAAAUAUCACAAGCUUUAAUCUAGACUUUGGAGGCACAGUAAAACUCAAACACAAUCCAAAUGUGAGAAAACUUCAGCAUUCCCCCUUCAAAGCUCGAUUUUGCACUUUUAUUCCUCACUUUCAGAAAAACCAUGUUUCCUAAAAUCAAAAUAAAAGCGAUUAGUGAAAAGCUGAA